AGCCAUGGGAAAUGUCUGCAAGGAUCAAACGUCGUAGCGUCGACCAGGGCGGCAAACUUCUUUUCCAUCGAACCUAUUAACCAUGGCGACCUCGCGAUACCCCCAGUCCGACCUUCGUCGACAAGUUGGGUCGCCAAAGCCCAAAACUCGAGAAAACAAGGAGACACUAUGCCGAAACGUACUCAUCUACGGGCACUGCCGAUACGAGAAUACGGGCUGUGCCUUUAACCAUGACCAGAACCGAUCGAACUCGGUCCAGAAUAGCCCCGGCGGCCAGAGUAAUCAGUCUGACUUGUACUCAAUGUCGAUUCACCGUCAUUCACCCCGGCCGGGCUGUCGUCUGCAGCAUCACCGAGCGCAAAUGCGCUAGGUGGCCCAUCAAAGAAAUCAACAUUUUCCUCACAAGCAGCCAGCGCAGCUGUCUUUACUCCCAGGGGAGCAGGCUCUGCGACCCCUGCUGCCGCUCCGGAGGGUGAGGCUUCAUCAA